AUGAGCCAAGUAUUCGAAAACUGUGAGGCCUAUUGGAGUUGGGGUGACAAUGAUGAAAACACUGAAGAAAUUAUUGAAUUUUUUGCCGAUGAGGCCCAAGAAAAUACCAGCACUUCCGUUGAAGUAAAAGAUGACGAAGUUGAGGAAACAACUACCCUUCCCUCGUCUUCUAAGGGUAAACUCUUGUCGACUGAGUUACGCACUUUGAAGCGUAAGUUUCAAACCACAAAGGAUGAAUUGGCAAAGCUAGAGAUAGAAAAGUUGAAAAAACGAAAUGGUGGGUUGAAUGAACAUGAUGAAGGACAUGAAGAAGUGGGUAGUCCUCAUAUCAAUGAAGGAGACGACAAUGACAUGUCGCCCUUACAUGAAUAUAUUACUCUGAUUACAGAACCGACCGAAAUGGAAGCACAAGUCUCUGGUGAUGGAGCCAAAGCCUACGCAGCCAUGCAAGUCCAAGAGGCAGAAAUUGGCACUUCAGAUUGGAAAAAUAGCGACAUUAAGGCAUUGAGAGGUCAGAUGAAUCCUCCAAUCAUAACCAAUGUUACUGUGGCUGGUGAUGAAGCGAUUAAGAAAGGUAGUGCCACUGUUGAAAAACAAGAUAUGGAAGGUAAAUGGGGCAGAACGAAGUGGCCAACUACUACAUUGUUGAGUCCAUUUACCGAUCCCUUGAGGAAAAAGAGGAUGAUUACUAUUUCGGAUGUUGACGCAACCCCACCAUGUUUUGAUCCAACAAACCCGUGCCCAUUGACAAUGUCAAGGCAGAAGUUUGCCGAUUGUAGUGCGGAGGUGCAGCUCAAAGCAUGUUCAGUUGGCCAAUCCUUUUUUUACAAACUUAUAGAUGAUAUAGAAUGGAUUAGCUCCAGGCAUCUUGACAUGAUAAUGUUUCUAAUACGGAAAAGACAACUUUCUCAUCAUUUGGUGUUUGGAAUGGACUGGACAACUGCAGAUUAUUGUUUGCAGCCGGUAAGACCGCAUAUAAAGAAACGAGUAUCGAAGAAAGCAGCUGCUCCAAAAACCAUUAACCUUCCACCUAGGUACCUAAAAAAGAUAUGUCACUUUGUGCACGAUACAUGGCAACAUGGGUAUGCGCAACCACGGAGCAAAGUCCGGAAGGUGUAUUUCCCGUAUAAUCUUCAAGGGUGUCAUUGGGUGGUAGUAGAAAUCGACUUCGUGAGACAUAUUGCGACUAUGUAUGUCUCCUAUAUUGCUUUUACCUCAAAUUCCAAGCUAGUCAAAUAUCUUGAGUCUAUUAGUGCUACUCUGGCACGGGUGUUGUACGAUAUGCACUUUUAUGACGCUUCUGAGGUUGAAGAGGUGAAGCAAAAGGGGAUGAAGAUGUCCAAGUUUAAUACAUUCACAAUUUGCAGCAUUGGAGAUGUGCCGCAACAAUGUGAUGAUUAA